ACCCUGAAACUAUUACCCUAUACUAUAGUAGCUGAACAUUUGGCUAAUUUCAUCACUUGGUUGGAAUAUGAAGCCAGAUUGAUCAGAAGCACAUUGCAUUUGGUUGGUUUCGAUCUUGGCGCUCACAUAGUUGGCCAGACUGGUCGACGGCUGGACCAAGGAUUUGGCAGAAUUGGAAGAAUCACAGGUUUGGAUCCAUCUGCAAGUCGAUGGGGCAGCAAUUCCGGAAGAUUAGCUGACACUGAUGCUUUGUAUGUUGAAGUUAUCCACACUGACAUCACAGGACCUACCGCUAAUGGUAUUGGAACUCCUAUUGGUGAUAUCAACUUCUUCGUCAACGGCGGUAGCAACCAACCAGGCUGCUUAACCCAUAUCUGCAGCCAUAACCGUGCCUUCGAAGUCUUUGCAGCGUCUAUGGUCAACAGUGGACUUGUCGGAUACCCAUGCAGCUCAGACCUACAAAACACUCUAAACAGAUGUAGAGGAGACCCGUUGCACAUGGGUGGAUUACUUCUUUCUAAAACUGGAUCUAAAAAAUACCGCGUGAACACAGAGAGGAGAUGGCCUUUUUAGGAAUCUAAAACUAUGAUACUGACUUAUACAUAUUUAAAUAUUAAUAUGACAUAAUUAUACUAUUUUUACUCAUGCAA